GACCGCCCGGAGCUGGGCGCCGGUGGCGGAACCCGGCUGGGAUCUCCUGAGCGCUUUAAGGAGGGGGCGGGCCCGGGGACGCUAGGCCCAGGAGCUGUUGCCGCGGGGACGGGGCGGGGACGCGGCCCGAGGGCGGAAGUGAGAAAGUUGCCGGCGUCCCGAGAAGAGUUGGUGGAGCUGUGCGCGCGGCGCGGCAAUGGGGGGCUCGGGCAGCCGCCUGUCCAAGGAGCUGCUGGCCGAGUACCAGGACCUGACGUUCCUGACCAAGCAGGAGAUCCUCCUAGCCCACAGGCGGUUCUGUGAGCUGCUUCCGCACGAGUACCGGAGUACGCAGGAGUCACUGCAGGCACGGGUGUCCUUGGAGCAGAUCCUCAGCCUUCCAGAGCUCAAGGCCAACCCCUUCAAGGAGCGAAUCUGCAAGGUCUUCUCAACCUCCCCAGACAGAGACAGCCUGAGCUUCGAGGACUUCCUGGACCUCCUCAGUGUGUUCAGUGACACAGCAACGCCAGACAUCAAGUCCCACUAUGCCUUCCGCAUCUUCGAUUUCGAUGACGAUGGAACCUUGAACAGAGAAGACCUGAGCCGGCUCGUGAACUGCCUCACAGGAGAGGGCGAGGACACCCGGCUCAGUGCUUCAGAGAUGAAGCAGCUCAUUGACAAUAUCCUGGAAGAGUCCGACAUUGAUAGGGAUGGGACCAUCAACCUCUCUGAGUUCCAGCACGUCAUCUCCCGUUCACCGGACUUUGCCAGCUCCUUCAAGAUUGUCCUGUGACAGGAGCCACAGUGUGUGUCCCAGCACCUUGUCAAAGAACCUUUCCACUGCUGAGCUGUGCCCAAGGUUACGCCUGUGUUGCCAGGGCCGGCCAAGCUGGCCCAGUCGAGCUGGCACUGCGCAGUCUUGUCUAGGUUGGGGGAGGGCCUCCCAUGUCAGGGCCUCUCCCCUUCAAACUGCCAUUGUCAUUUGCUUUGUUUGUGUUUCUACUAAUCAAUAAUAAAGGUGUAGCAGUUUUGACUCUG